AUGGGAUUGGAUGAUUUUGUCUACGAUGUUGCGCCUUAUUAUCCUAAUUUGGUACGUGUCUUUUAUAGUAACCUCAAAUUUUCUGAUAAUGGAACAAUGAAAACUGAGGUCAACAAUGUCAAAAUGAUUAUCAAACCCAACAUUUUUGCUUCCAUAGCCAACCUCCCCUCUGUUGGGUUGAACUUUAAAGUGCUUGAUAGUGCUGGGUGUGCUGGGAGAUAUGGUGGUGGUGCUGCUGUUGUGACAUUGUUCGGCGAGAGGAAGAAGAGAGAAGUGGGUGAGGGUGAUUACACAGAUCAAUUUUCCACUGAUCAAAUAUUCCCAACACGCGUCAAUUUAAUUGAAUGGGUUCGAAAGAUUGCAUUUGAUCUUGGAUUUGUUGUCGUCAUUAUAAGAUCUGACACAGCAACUGGUGAAGCUGGUAGAAAGACAUUUAUUUUGUUAGGCUUUGAAAGAAGCGGGAAGUAUAGGAAGUAUAAGCCAGAUGUUCAACCUAGUUUCUCCGGCACAAGAAAAUGUGAGUGUUCGUUUAGGUUGAGGGGUAAACCUAAAGGAGAUGGUUGGGUGUUAAAGGUUAUGUGUGGCUAUCACAACCAUGAAUUAGCAGAGACUUUGGUCGGUCAUCCUUUCGCGGGUAGGUUAAAUGCUACUGAACAAUCAAUUCUUGUGGACAUGACUAAUAGUCAAAUGCUAUGUACAUUCCACAUUGCGAAAAAUGUUAGAGCAAAAUGCAAGAUGUUAGUGGAUAAGGUUGAGUCAGUGGAUGUGUUGAUGGAAGUGUGGCAGAAUGUCAUGGAUUGUGACGACCAGUCCAUGUUUAGUGCUUAUGUUCAUCGUCUUGAGUAUGCCUCUUCUGCAUGGCCUCUAUUUUUUGAUUAUGUCAACCGCACUUGGAUAAUUCCGUACAAGACAUACUUUGUCAAGGCGUGGAUGAACAAAGUUAUGCAUCUAGGCAACACUACAACAAACAGGGUUGAGUCUACGCACUGGAACCUGAAGAGAUUAUUGGGAUCUAGUAUGGGAGACCUAUGCUCGUGUUGGGAUGCUAUGCAUAACGUCAUAGUCCUACAACAUAACAAGAUCAAGGCGUCCUUUGAAAAAAGUCUGAACGUAAUGAGUGAUGCUUACAAAGGUUUAAUAUAUAGAAGACUUGUUGGGCGUGUUUCACGAUACGCUCUAGGACUUAUUGCUGAUGAAAUUGAGCGAGUCAAUAAAAUAGGUAUUGUUUCUUAUGAAUCGCUUCUAGAGUUUAGCAUUGACCGUGAAGUUGAAUUGGUACAAGAAAGAUUCAACAAGGUUGACAUCGGUGAAAAGGUCAACAUAAAGAAAAAGAUGAUCGAAAUUGCUUGCCUAGAGAUGACAUCUAUGGUUGCUCCUUCGCAUAAAGUGAAAACAAAGGGUGCACAGAAGUCUAAAGUUGCACGGCAUGAGAGGUCUACGAAACGUGACCCAUCAUAUUUUGAGCACGUUGACACUUUCCAUUCGAUGACAGAGUCUUCAUCACGAAAAACAAAAGUGAAAUCGAAGGCCAAAGAAGAAACGCGAAGGACAAUACCUAUGUUAAAUCAAUUUCAUUCGAUUUGUCAUCCAUACAUUGUAGAUGUUGUUGAUGUUGUUGUUGAUGGUCAUUGUGGUUAUCGAUGUAUUGCUGCUAUGUUGGGCCUAGGUGAAGAGGCAUGGCCCGUUAUCCGACAUGACCUCUACCAAGAAUUAACUCAGUGGCGUGAUGAAUACGCACAAUUAGUAGGAAGCUACGAUCGAUUGGAAGAACUACGACAAUCAUUGAUUGUUAAUGCUAAGAAGUGGAUGACCAUACCUGACAUUGGUUAUGCAAUUGCAAAUCGAUACAAUGUCAUCUUAGUUCAAUUACAAGAGGUUUGUCCCUUACCCAUGGUGGACAUAAUUUCGUCAAACCAUUAUUACCCACAAGCGUGA